AUGAAGAGGCCAGUGCGGUGCCCAGAUUCCAAAGGUAAAUCUCUGCAAAAGGUCGAUGGGCUUAUCGAGAUUCCAUGUAUUUCCGAAGAGAACACUGAUGAGGAUCCUGAGAUUAGGGUUUCUGUGAAGGAUGACAGGUUGAUAGGGAAGAAAUUGAGAGAGGCUAUGUUGACUAAGGGGAAACCGAUUGUGUUGGAGAAGUGGGAGCAUCAGCAAGACGGAGAUCAUGAAGAAGAUGUUGCAGGUCGCCCCAAAUCACCUCGAGCAAGUCACGAUUUCGAUCAAGACAUUGCUUCACAUGAACGACCUACGGUGGAAGAGGUAAUUAGAAGAUUGCGCAUCAUCGAGCAAAGGAAGAAGAAUGUCACUUCAGCUAUCGGCAAGCAGGGUCGUCUUCUCCUCACUGAGGAGGAGUGGUUUGCAUAUUGA